CGGGGUCCGGGGAGAGCGGAUACAGUGAAUGCGGGCUCCGGGGAGAGCGGAUAUAGUGAAUGCGGGGUCCGGGGAGAGCGGAUAUAGUGAAUGCGGGGUCCGGGGAGAGGGGAUAUAGUGAAUGCGGGGUCCGGGGAGAGCAGGUAUAGUGGAUGCAGGGUCCGGGGAGAGCGGAUAUAGUGAAUGCGGGGUCCGGGGGAGAGCGGAUAUAGUGGAUGCGGGGUCCGGGGAGAGCGGAUAUAGUGGAUGCAGGGUCCGGGGAGAGCAGGUAUAGUGGAUGCAUGGUCCGGGGGAGAGCAGGUAUAGUGGAUGCAGGGUC